GAUGCCAGCCAGAGGAUGACCAGCUGUGGCCGGCGGUCCCUGCACGCGCUCAUUGUCCUCGUCCCGCUGCUGUUUACUCCAGUCUUGUCCGCGCAUUUCCGGGUCUGUGAGCCCUACACCGACCACAAGGGCCGCUACCACUUCGGCUUCCACUGCCCCCGCCUCUCAGACAACAAGACCUUUGUCCUCUGCUGCCACCACAACAACACGGUCUUCAAGUACUGCUGCAACGAGACGGAGUUCCAGGCGGUGAUGCAGGCCAACCUCACGGCCACCUCCGAGGGCUACAUGCAUAACAACUACACGGCCCUGCUGGGCGUGUGGGUGUACGGCUUCUUCGUGUUGAUGCUGCUGCUCCUGGACCUCCUCUAUUUCUCGGCCAUGAACUACGACAUAUGCAAGGUCUACCUGGUACGCUGGGGUCUCGACGGACGCUGGAUGAAGCAGGACCCCCGGAGGCCGGCGGGGGGCGGGCAGCCCCAGCCUCCCCCGGGCCCCCUGCCACAGGCCCCCCAGGCCGUGCACACGCUUCGGGAGGACGGCCCCAGCCCACCACGGAUGACCUUCCAGAGCUCGUCUGCCUGAAUUCCUUUGUGCUGUGCCUCAGGAUGGGGAGGUGAGACCCAGAGCGCCCACGCAGCCUCCAAGGACGCCUCCUAACCAAGACGCAGAGCGAGCCAGGGCGGCAGCGGUGAUGGCAAAGGAGGUGGUGCUGCCCGAGCCCUCUACCCCCUUCCAUGGACUUCCACGAUUAGGAGAGAACUCAGGGGCAGAUCCUGGGGCGCAGGGAGGGGGUUCUGGGCCACCCGUCCACAAGCAAUAGUCCCACUUUGGGCCGGUGGCUGCUGACAGGCUGUAGUGGGCUCGGCUGGCCAACACAAAGUCCUCGGGUCGAUGGACGCCAACAGGAUGGGACCUGUGCAUCACAGCUGCGGCUCCAACAGCUCCCUGCCCCCCCUUCUCCAGCGGAGGCCCCUCAGGGCCUGCCCCUGUCAGAAGACCUACUCUGAGUUGAAUGUGCGUGUGUCUGCCGGUGUGGUUCGAGGUGUGCUUCAGGUUUGGUUGGUUUCUGUUGGGGUUCCCCCACUCCCACCCCGAGUUGUCCAGCAGGCAUGGGUCACCUCGUAGCUCGGCUGCACGCCGAGGGUCGGGCCCAGCCGGGGACAGGGGUCAUGGUCUUCGAGGCUGAGGGAUGAGGGCACGUCUCCUCUGAGUCUCAGUGGACACAAGGGGGCUGACAGCGCUAGGCAGGGUCAGGUGUCAUGGAGCACACCUGGCACACACCUCACCAUGGCACCUUCUUAGCUGGGUACAAUGAUGGGAGCAGCUCUGAGCAGGGACAGGGUGCCCAGGGCCACCCAACCAGGACUCUGCAGGGUCCCCCAGCACAAGUACCCUUGGGGUCUCCCCCCAGCUCACUCUGGCUCCAUUCCUGCUGC